CUGCGCGCCGGGUGGAGGGCAGUUUCAAGAUGGCGGCGAGUCCACUCCGAGGUCUUGUCCGGUGCGUGUGGCGGUUUGAAGCCGGCCGGUUCUCGGCACCUCCACAGCGAGGCUUCCGGUCGUCUAGGCCUGCAGCUGUUCAGGUCACUGUCCGUGAUGCUUUAAACCAGGCCUUAGAUGAGGAGAUAGAGAGGGAUGAGAAAGUUUUCUUGCUCGGAGAGGAGGUCGCGCAGUAUGAUGGUGCUUACAAGAUUAGCAGGGGACUUUGGAAGAAAUAUGGAGAUAAAAGGAUAAUAGAUACUCCUAUAUCAGAGAUGGGAUUUACUGGAAUUGCUGUUGGUGCUGCCAUGGCUGGCUUGCGACCUGUUUGUGAAUUCAUGACCUUCAAUUUCUCCAUGCAAGCUAUUGAUCAUAUUAUAAACUCGGCAGCUAAAACCUACUAUAUGUCUUCUGGGUUGGUGUCCGUCCCUAUUGUCUUCAGGGGUCCCAAUGGUGCCUCAGCAGGAGUAGGAGCCCAGCAUUCACAGUGUUUUGCAGCCUGGUAUGGGCAUUGCCCUGGACUGAAAGUAGUUAGCCCGUGGAGUGCAGAGGAUGCAAAAGGUCUCCUUAAAGCAUCAAUCAGGGAUGAUAACCCAGUUGUCAUGUUGGAAAAUGAGUUAAUGUAUGGUGUGUCGUUUGAGAUGUCUGAGGAAGUACUUUCAAAAGAUUUCAUUGUUCCUAUUGGAAAGGCCAAGAUAGAAAAGCAAGGAACCCAUAUAACCUUAGUGUCUCACUCAAGAUCUGUUAGCCACUGUCUCGAAGCAGCUGCUGUCCUUGCCAAAGAUGGAGUGGAAUGCGAGGUUAUAAACCUUCGGAGUAUUCGACCAUUGGAUAUUGAAACCAUUGAAACUAGCAUCAUGAAGACCAAUAAUCUUGUUACAGUAGAAGGUGGCUGGCCCCAGUUUGGGGUGGGAGCUGAAAUCUGUGCCAGAGUUAUGGAAGGUCCUGCUUUCAACAAUCUGGAUGCACCCGUGGUUCGUGUCACAGGUGCCGAUGUGCCAAUGCCUUAUGCAAAGGUCUUAGAGGAAAAUUGCAUACCUCAAGUAAAGGACAUAAUAUUUGCUGUGAAAAAGACGCUCAAUAUCUAGAUCUUGUGUGAAAAUUUCGUUCGAGAAUUUAUCUUUUAAAAAAAUAUUAUUUAUGGAGCAUACUGCAAGCCACUGUAUCCAGAGCUGCACCUUAUAUUGCACGUGGAUUGGAAUAAGGCAUUACAAAAGGAAUAAUAGAAACCAUGUUUGAUACAGACCAUGUUGUCUCUCUCUCGCUCUCUCUCAAGAAGUCAAUGCAAAGGGAGAUGAAUUAUUAGGAACUUUCAUUAUAUGGUAAAAUGUCUUGUUAUUGCCUACAAGAUCAGGUUUGCUCUGAUGAGCAGCCUAUUAUAUCAAGAGUCAGCUUGUGAUUAUUUUGUAACUUACGUAGCUUGUAAUAAAGAUAUUAACUAAAUUGUGUCGGUGUUGUAUUUCUUACUUUCUCCGUUUAUAUCACAGAGAGCACAAUCAUGCCCCCUGCUAUUCUUUCCUCUAAGACAGAGUUCCCGAACAUUUCUGGCCUUGCGGGCCAGUCAGGAGAAGGAAGAGGGAUUGGUUUUGCAUGUGAGUGCAACUCCAUUUGUGCAAGCAGAAUGCACGUGCACCUGCCACUCAUGCAAUUGGCACGUGCAUGCACGGAUGUACAUGCGCUCCCCCACUGCUCAUGUAAGUGGGGAUGCGUGUGCGCGCUUGCCCGUUUUCAUGACCCAGUUGCAAACAUGGCCCAUAGGUUGGGGAUCCCUGCUCUAAGCCACUGAUGGUGAACCUUUGGGGCUGGCAUGUCAAAAAUUUGGAAAAUAUUUAACUUGACUUUUCAGGCAUGUCACACACACCUCUCCAAACAAAAGAAAAACAAUUUCUUCACCCCAAUCUAGGCCAAUCUGGAAAGUGGCACUUAGUGGCAGUGCCAAGGGUAGGCCUGUUUUUAAAGUAAUUUUGGAGAAUGCUCUUCCAUGGCUAUGCAGUUGCCCCAAACCACACAAACGCAUCUAUCCCAUUCUCGUGAAAUUUUCAGAGGCUGCACAAGAAAAAACCCCAUUUCUGUGUGGCCUUCAAAAACCGCAUAAGAAUCUGAAAAUUCACUUGCUGAGUAUAGCAACCCGAUAUUCAUUAAGCUAAGAUGGGGAAAGAUCUUGAUUACAGCUAAUGCAUCUAAACUGAUCUUCAGCUUAGAGCAGUGAUGGUGAAACUAUUGUGUGUCAAAGGUGACAUGCCAU